CCACAACGCGUGCGUAACGUAUGUAUGCGACCCCAGAACGGACUGCUCCCUGCUGAUCUCAUCGGUUAAUGGACUAAUGAAAGGAUGAGGGUUUGAGAAAACACCUUAUUGUUACCGAAUACCGUGAAGCCAGUGUAAUGCGAUAGUGAAAAGAUAUUGUCUCUCUCACCACGCGCAUGGCGCGUUAGGGGAAACUGCAGGCUACAGCUGUCUGUCCGGUCAGCUGUUUUUAUUUACCGAGAGACAGCAGCAUCAAUAGGAGGGCACGAGACAACAGAAUAGUCUAUACCGGCGCCCCGGACCCCCACAGACCAGACCACCAGGACUAAGAGAGAGGAGGGCAAAGAGCGAGAGAGAGAGAGAGAGAGAGGAUGGAGUUUAAGCAGCUGGUGGAGGUGGCGGAGAAAUGGUGUUCGUCUGUUCCGUUCGAUCUGAUCUUUGCGGAGGAGGAUGAUGAGAGGAGACUGGACUUCUACGCAGAACCGGGAAUCUCCUUCUAUGUCCUUUGUCCCGAUAACAUGACGGGAGGGACCGAGAAUUUCCAUGUAUGGAGUGAGAGUGAGGACUGCCUGCCGUUCCUACAGCUAGCCCAGGACUACAUCUCCUCCUGCGGGAAGAAAACACUGCUAGAGGUCCUGGACAAAGUCUUCACUUCCUUUAGACCUUUGCUGGGUCUACCAGACAUAGAUGAUGAGACGUUUGAGCAGUACCAUGCAGGCGUGGAGGAGGAACCAGAGCCGGACCACCAGCAGAUGGGAGUCAGCCAGCAGUGAUGCCUACAGAAGAGGUGUCCGACCGGGCCACAAUAAUUACCCACACCUCUGGUUUCAUCCCCUGCAUCAAUACACAGGCCCAACGACCCUGUAGCGACUAUAGAAAGUCAUAAUGUAUACUCGGAUUCAUAAUGUACACAUACACACACACACACACAGAGGACAGCCGGACAGCCAGCCUGCUGAAAUGUACCAUUGCGUUCUUUAACUUAUCAAAAGCUUUUCUCUCCAGAUAUUGCACUCCUUCUCAUGUCACACGCACGCACGCACGCACGCACGCACGCACGCACGCACACACACACACACACACACACACACACACACACACACACACACACACAGCUGUGUCAUACAACAUUAUUAUUAAUGUCAUUCAUACAGCAGGCUACAACAUUACUAUAGUUUAUAGCAUGAUAAGCAUGACGCUCUCCAACCUUGCUCAGCAUAUCCACCUGAAGACAAACAAUCAACUAGUCUAGCAGCAACAACAUACUCCCUCCCCAGCCUGGCCACCCAGACAUAGCAGAGCACUGUCACUGUCAACCAUGUAACACCUGACUGGAACCAUCCACUGUACCACACAAUGCCAAACCAGCACAUUGUUGUGACCUUGUAAAAAUGUUAGCGGUGAAAAUAGAGGGAGGAAUAGAGCAGAAAUGUAAUCCUAUGUUAGAAACUGUCCCUUAUGUACUGCUGUGAAGUUGGCCAAGAGCUGCUGUAUCUGUGUGUUUAUUUCAUUGUGUGUGUGUGUGUGUGUGUGUGUGUGUGUGUGUGUGUGUGUGUGUGUGUGUGUGUGUGUGUGUGUGUGUGUGUGUGUGUGUGUGUGUGUGUGUGUGUGUGUGUGUGUGUGUGUGUCACCACCAUCAGUGCACUGCUACGCUUUUACUAUCCCCACGGACCUGAAUGAGUAGGAUGAAGUUGUGUUUAGACACUGAUCCGAGGUCAUUUUCCCCCGUUAUUGGGAUUGGGGAAAGGAAACUGUUCCUAGAUCUGUGUCUACAGGCAACGUCUACCUGCAAGCAGCCUUCUUCCACCUUACUAAACUAGGCCUACACUUGUUACUCUCUCUGAACAUGGCAACUACGAUAGAUGUAAGUCUCUCUCUGAAUGCUUUUAAGUCUUUACUUAUGAACAUAAUUUUUAGUUACAUUAUUUAACUGAAUGUUUGUCAUGCUAAUGUGUGUUUUUAUGUUCUGUCCUCCAGUGUGUGUGAAGGUAUUCAAUAAAACAAAUGUGUGGAGGGA